AUGGUGGAGAUAAGUCUCGGUGUGUUGUUCAGAGGAUUCAAUGCAUCGUAAGCAAUAUUUCACAUAAUUUUUUUUAUUUUUUCAAAAAUUUAACCCGCUUAAUUUCAGAAAAUUCAUCCUCUACACAUGUCUCCUCACAUUCGUCGCCCUUGUCUCGCUAAAACUCGACAAUAUAGUAACAUUCAACUAUGCAUUUGUAUUCGCACCACUCUGGGCGUGUAAUCUUCUUGUUUUUCUCGCCGCGCUUAUCGGAAUCUGCUCAUUUUGCACAAAACCACCAGCCACAACAGAAAUAUCAAUGAGAGUCGAUUUUCAUGCGAUGAUAAUUACAACAACUGAACAUAUCUUCCUCUUUGUUUUUCUAGUAAUGACCUUCGUCAAGCUCGAAUUCUCCAACCUUUUCGAUCCAAAUUAUCCACUUCCAUGGACAAUUGUGUUCUGCCCAUUAUUUGGUCUUUCAAUCUUGUCAAUUGUAAUCGCUAUAUGGUCUUUGAGACACGAAAAACCUUUUGAAUUCGAAUUUUUCUACGCGAUUAAUAUCGUUGAACUCGUUUUCAUUGCCUUCAAAUUAGAUAAACAGGUAAUUUGUAUCUAGAUUUAAAAUGAUUUUUAAAAAAAUUUUCAAAUUCAGGUUGAUUGGUCUUGGGCAGUUGUAUUCAUCCCAUUAUGGGCGGUUCUAUCAAUCUCCGCUGUUGGUGUACUGUAUGCCUUGGUUCUUUCAAUAGUUCUCGCUCGAAGUCGUCAUUUCAUUCCUUCGCAUCGCCGACAACAUGUUUAUUCUGCAGUUUUUCAUACUUUCCUCGUUCUUCCAGCGUUGGUUUGUCUAGUUCUUCUCACAGGGAAACUUGAUUCAAUGCAAUGGAAUGAUAAAGAAUCAGCUGAUGAUCUACAUUUUACUGUAAGAGUUUUUUUAAAUUUUUUUUCUUCUAAAAAUCUAUCAAAACAUGUAUGUUUAGACGGUAUUUGGACCCCUUAUGAUCUCAUUAUUCUUCAUGACUUUAAUGUCUCUUGGAAUUGGAGGACCACCUUCGGGAGCAUCGAUGACAAAUAUUUGGUGGUUUGGCUUGCGACAACCGCUUUGCCCAUUUUUGUUGGAAAAGUGUCCGUCUUUGAGAACUUAUGCAAAUGUUAGUUAUCGACUUGGUUCGAGAAGGGAAACUAAUGAGGUAAGAGUUUUGGGGAGGGGAGAAAAAGGAGCUGAACAGAAAUUUUUAUUGGGAAAAUCAAAAUUGAAAAAUUAGUAAGAUUACGAUCAUAGAAAACCCGUAAAUUUAGUGAAAUUUUACAGUUUUCAUGGCUCAAGCUCAAAAUUUAUUAGGGCACAGGGUGUAAUUUACUACCUCAAAUGGCUAGACCUCAAAUUUUUCAUAAAUUUUUGGGUAGAUCAAAAAUCAUUUUUCUCUAAAUCUCUCGUUUUUGCGUCGAAUUUCGUCGAUUUUAGUCCCACCCCUGAGAUCGUGUCAGGUCUCAAAAAAUGCGCGAAAUUUUUCGAGUAGUAAAUUACACUCUGUGUAGGGCUCAUUCACAAACGAAAAAAAUGUUUAAAAAUGUUUUUUUUAACAUCGAAAGAUAAAUUCACGAAAAGUCGAAAAAACAUUGUAUUUAAGUCAAAAUUAGUUUUUCGAGUUUUUUCAGCCAAAAAUGAUGACAAAUCGAUAUUUUUUAGGCUUCUGGAGUAAUUUCUGAUUAAAAUUGACCUUGAAAUUCACUUUCCAGAAGGUUUUUCGUAAAAUAAAAAAAUUUCAAAUUCGAAAAAUUCAUCAAAUAAAGCAAAAUAGGGUUCUCGAUGCUUAUUUUCAUCAGAAAUUACUCCAGAAGCUUGAAAAAUAUUGAUUUGUCAUCAUUUUUGCCUGAAAAACUUGAAAAACUAAUUUUGACCUACAAUGUUUUUUCGACAUUUUUUGACUUUUCGUGAAUUGAUCUUUCGAUGUUAAUAAAAACAUUUUAAAACAUUUUUUCGUUUGUGAAUCAGUCCUUGUAGUUUUCAUAGCCACACCUGACGAGAGAGUGUCCCAAAUUUUUUGUGCAGUGUGCAAAUUUUUUUCAAAAAAAAAUGUGCAGCGUGAAAUUUUCAAGUUUUUCGAAAAAAAAAGUUCGCGGGCAGGAGGAUUCGAACCCUGGUCUCAUGCUCGCCAGUCUAAAAUGCUAACCUCUCGGCCACAUCUCUCUUUUCUCCUAAUGGGAAAAUGUUGGUGGAAAGGAAACUGUUUUUAAACGAAUGCGUUGCUACGUUGCUCAAAUUUUGAAGUUAGGAUAACUAAGCUUAGGCUUAACGGAUAUGGUUGAUUUUUUUCCAAUAGAUUGCUAAGGUCAUAGGCAGUGUGGAACACCAUGAGUGCAGUGUGAAAAUGCCCUAUUUCGCUGUUAUUUUGGAGUGUCCAUUUCAAUGGUAAAUAUGGACAUUACAAAGAAUCGGACGGCAUUUUUUUCCGAGCACAUAUCAAGGGUUGGUAUAUUCAGAAAGUUGGUGUAUUUUUAAGCGUAGUUUUCGAAUUUACCCAUGUGCAGUGUGGAAUUUGAAGUUUUUCCAUAGAAAGUCAAUUUUUUCGAAAUUUCAGUGACACUAUGGUUUGCUAAGCAGUCACGUAAAUUCCACACUGCACAUUGUGUUACUACACUAAAACGAAGUCUGCUGAGUUGAUUUUCACCGAGAAACUUCGAAAAAUUAGCAAGCUGAAGUUGUUUUUGAAGUUGAGCAAAAAUAAAAAAAGUUUAGUUCCAAUGAAGAUUCGAACCUGGGCCUUCUGAACACUAGCAAAAUGGCCUACCACUGAACUAGAUGCGCAUUUAUUUCCCCAGGUUAAAUGUUGGUGAAAAGGAACCAAAGUUAUUUUUCGAAAAAAAAUGCAGUGUGACUUUUGAAAAAAAUGUACAGUGUCCAUUUUGGACACGUCUCGUCAGGUGUGUUCAUAGCUCAAGCUCAAAAUUUAUCAGAAAUCUCGAAAAUAAAAUCAAAAAAUGAUUAAAUUUUUUCGUUACGUGAAUAUUCUCACGCCACGAAAUUCAUUCACUCUUUUUUUCCAAAAUUAAUUUCAUUUUUUUCCAGAACACUGUUGAAGAACGUCAAGCUGUAAUCAACAAUACUCCAGAAGAUCAACAAGAUGAACCAGAUUCUUCAACAAACUCAUCUCGCCGAAAAGAUCGAAGCUCCACGCAAAAUGACCCGGAAAUCGCGGCCGCCUCAAGUUCGACGAUUGUUCGACAAGCGAUGGAAAAAUAUCGAACUGAUUUCGCUUUUCAUUAUGGAAGUGAACUUAACCAACCUGACUAG